CAGCGCGAAAGGGCCAGCGGGCGGAUCGCGGACGGAAGGGCAGCGCGGAAGACCCGGCGGGUGGAUCACAACGGAGUGGACGGGAGGGAGGUGCAGAGGGCCGAUCGCGGCAGGGCGGCGCGGAAGGCCCGGCGGGCGGACCGCGGCGCGCGGACGGGAGGGCGGCGCGGAAGGCCCGGCGGGCGGAUCGCGGCGCUGGCUCUAAGAUGGCUGUUGUGAGCGGGGCGCAGUUGCUGUGAGGAGCCGCCCGCCUGUGCCAUGGAGUGCCCGCACCUUGGCUCCAGCGUCUGCAUCGCGCCCGCCUCGGCCCGGUUCCCGCAGGGCUCGCCCUCCUCCUGGUGCUGCAGCGUGUGCCGAUCCAAUAAAAGUCCCUGGGUUUGUCUGACUUGUUCAAGUGUCCAUUGUGGAAGAUAUGUGAAUGGCCAUGCAAAGAAACAUUAUGAAGAUGCACAGAUUCCUUUAACCAAUCAUAAGAAAACAGAAAAGCAAGAGAAAGUUCAGCAUACUGUGUGCAUGGAUUGCAGUAGUUACAGUACAUAUUGUUAUCGCUGUGAUGAUUUUGUAGUCAAUGAUACCAAGCUGGGCCUGGUACAGAAAGUCAGGGAGCACCUACAGAACUUGGAAAAUUCAGCUUUUACAGCAGACAGACAUAGGAAGAGAAAACUAUUGGAAAAUUCAUCUCUGAACAGCAAGUUAUUAAAAGUAAAUGGGAGCACCAAUGCCCUUUGUGCUACAGGCCUUCGCAAUCUGGGGAACACGUGUUUCAUGAAUGCGAUUCUUCAGUCUCUCAGUAACAUUCAGCAGUUUUGCUGUUACUUCAAAGAGUUGCCAGCCGUGGAGUUGCGGAAUGGGAAAACAGCUGGCAGGCGAACUUACCAUACCAGGAGCCAAGGGGAUAACAACGUUUCAUUGGUUGAAGAGUUUAGAAAGACGCUUUGUGCUUUAUGGCAAGGGAGCCAAACUGCAUUUAGCCCAGAAUCUUUAUUUUAUGUCGUUUGGAAAAUCAUGCCAAAUUUUAGGGGAUACCAGCAACAAGAUGCCCAUGAGUUCAUGCGUUACCUGUUGGACCAUCUACAUUUGGAACUCCAAGGAGGCUUUAAUGGUGUUUCUCGCUCGGUAAUUUUGCAAGAAAAUUCAGGUCUCUCUGCAAGCAACAAAUGUUGCAUAAAUGGAGCCUCUACUGUUGUCACAGCUAUAUUUGGAGGCAUUCUUCAAAAUGAAGUAAACUGCUUAAUAUGUGGGACUGAAUCUAGAAAGUUUGAUCCAUUCCUAGACCUUUCACUAGAUAUUCCAAGUCAAUUCAGAAAUAAACGUACUAAGAAUCAAGAAAAUGGACCAAUGUGCACACUACGGGAUUGUCUUCGCAGUUUUACAGACUUGGAAGAACUCGAUGAGACAGAGCUCUAUAUGUGCCACAAAUGUAAAAAGAAACAGAAAUCCACCAAAAAAUUCUGGAUUCAGAAACUACCAAAGGUGCUAUGCUUACACUUGAAACGAUUUCACUGGACAGAAUAUCUGAGAAACAAGGUUGAUACAUAUGUAGAAUUUCCCCUCCGGGACCUAGACAUGAAAUGCUACUUGUUAGAGCCGGAGAACAGUGGCCCAGAAAGCUGUCUAUAUGAUCUUGCAGCUGUUGUUGUACAUCAUGGGUCAGGCGUUGGCUCUGGACAUUACACAGCCUAUGCAACUCAUGAAGGUCGCUGGUUCCAUUUCAAUGACAGUACUGUAACUCUGACCGACGAGGAGACCGUGGUAAAGGCAAAGGCCUACAUCCUCUUCUAUGUGGACCGGCAGGCCAAAUCUGGAUCUGAUAAACUUUAAUACCUCCUUUUAAUACUCACUUAUCAAGUCCUUCGGACAAAACAUUUCCAAUUCUCCAUAAAUACUUGAUCCAAGACUAUUAAUUUCAUUGUGCACUUUUCAACUUCCUCGUGUGGGUUUUAGUUUUGUUGUGUCAAUGGUAGCAGUUGAUUUAUUGAACUUGGACACAAACUAACUUUUUUUUUUUUAGUUCUACCAGAAAACCUCAGCAGAUAUUUUGAUUUGCUGCUUUAGUUGUGAUAACUCAAUUUUUAUAUAUAUAGUUUCAUGAACUACUUAGUUAUUUGAUUUUUAUAUUAAUGUUUUCAGUUCUCACUUUCUAAAGGCACAUUUACAUCAGAGAAGCUUUGUAUCCUCUUUAUAAGCAAGAGAAAUGUGUUCCUGAUUAUGAAGAGCAAUAGAAUUUCAUGCUGCUCUCACAGCUGUUAUGUAGAUAAGAUUGAAUCACUUUUAAAUCAAGGAAUUGCUUGCACAUACUGUUUGCCCCAGUGCAAGAAACUUAACAGUGACCUCUGAACAAUCACUCUUUGCCUGCAGAAGAGAUGAGAUGUGGCAUCAUUAAGUAGACUGGGUAAUUGCUGCUAUCAGUGUGUAUCAAGGCUGCUUUCAGGACUCCUUGUAAAUAAAUAGUUGAUUCAGUUGUAUUUGUACUGCAAAUUCAAAUGUUUCUCAUUUGUACUUUUUCCCCUACAAAAGAGACAUUUAAAUUAUUACCCUAAUCAUAUACGUGUCUUUAUACGUGUCUUGGGAUUUUAAUUUACUUUUUUUAAACUGAAAUGGAAUUGCUAGGGUGAUGUCUCAAUUUUUAGCAUUUAUCCCAAAGUUUGAUAGCAAGCACUUGCUUUUGAAGCUAGCAGGCUCCAUGGAAUUGGGCCACUGUCCCUUUUAUAUCCUAAAAUGAGAGUUCAAUGUGGGGGCUUCACACAGGAGAGGUUUUUGUCUCAAUAUAACUCCCAUUUGCCCACAUCCCCUUUCAGCUUGAUUAAAAACCACCAGUAUCUGUUUAGGACUGAAAGGCAGGUUUGUCAUGGGUUUGGAGAUAGACUUUGCAUGGCAUGUUGUUAUACCUAAUCCAGACUCAGGCUCAAACUGGUAGGAAAGGUGUAUUCAAAUCUAUACGCAGGGAUAUUACAGUUCAUGCAAAUUGUGGAGCUAACACUGCCCCUUUAGGUGAGCAUAUACCCUCACUAACUGCAGUAUUUAAUUAGUAGUUCAACAUUUCUCAUGGUCUCUUGACCAAAAGAGGCCAGAUAUUAUUUCUGAAGUUGAAAUGUAAGACAUCUGUUUAUAUUAAACCUCUUAUCAGCUUAAUGGAAGAAGAAUUCAGUGUUAGCAGCUGGAAUUUCAGCUGUUCUGGUACUGCUGAGAGAGAAGAGCCCAGUAUAGAUUGAAUGACACUGAACUCAGCUUUCCCUUCUCCUCUGUUUGCCUACUGCCUUUCUCCACACUCCCAUAAGCUCAAAAGUUUGUGGGAAGGCUGGAGCUCUCUGCCUGCCAAGUCAGCUAGCCCACCAGACUCCUCUUACUCGUAAUAUAUUCCCAGACAGGUGUGUUUAUAUUUAACUGAGUAAAAACAUCUGCCUUCCCCUGGUUGCAUCUCCUUGAAGGGCCAUGUUAGUCAGCAGGUAGAUGUAGGAUGCAUUUCAGUAUUAGUUGACUAAGCACCAGCACUCCUGACUGGGGGGAACCUGAUAAUUGCAAAAAAAAAAAAGUUUUAAUUACCUGUUUGAUCCGUCUCAGAUAUCAUUUAAAAAGUAAUUGGCUUUGUAUAAAACUGCAGAAAUAUUCAAUAUUGCUAAAUUGUGUAUGAAAAUAUGUAAACUAUACACUUAAUAGUGACUAUCACUUGAUAUGUUAAGUGGCAGAUAUGCCAGGAUGUCUUUAUUUUGUUGUUGAACAAUAAAUAGAUUAUUCAUUGCUUCAAA